CGUGACAAUAAAAUAUAUAACCAAAAACAUCGCAUUAACCACUUCUCCACUUCUCUUCUUUCAUCUGUCCGAACGCUUUCUUCUUUCGCCAUGUCUGGUUACCCUCCUUCGAGCCAAGGUUACGGUUACGGCGGAAACCCACCACCGCCGCAACAACCCUACGGAUCCUCCGGCAAUCCACCGCCGCAACAACCGUACGGAUCCUCCGGCGGUAAUCCUCCACCGUACGGAUCCUCAGCUGCCUCACCGUACGCCGUCCCCUACGGCUCUCAGCCUCCGCCUUCCUCCGCUCCUUACGGCGCGCCACCGUCUGCUCCCUACGCGUCUCCUCCGGGAGACCACAAGCCGCACAAAGAAAAGCCUCAGGCCGCUUACGGAUCUCCCGGUGGCUACGGAUCGUCUGGUGGUUACGGCGGCUACGGAGCUCCUCCGUCGGGACACGGCGGAGGAUACGGAGCUCCUCCUCCUCCUCCUCAGCAGGCUGGUUACGGAAGCCCGUUCGCGUCUCUGGUCCCGUCGGCGUUUCCUCCGGGUACGGAUCCGAACAUCGUGACUUGCUUCCAGGCGGCGGAUCGGGACCAGAGCGGCUUCAUCGACGACAAGGAGCUUCAGGGGGCGCUCUCUUCGUAUAAUCAGAGCUUCAGCAUGAGAACUGUUCAUCUCCUCAUGUAUCUCUUCACCAACAGCAACGUCAGAAAGAUCGGACCGAAAGAGUUUACUUCACUUUUCUACAGUCUUCAGAGUUGGAGGACUAUAUUUGAGAGGUUUGAUAAGGACAGAAGCGGUAAAAUCGAUACGAAUGAGCUGAGAGAUGCACUCUUGAGCCUCGGGUUUUCAGUGUCUCCUGUGGUUUUGGAUCUGCUCGUCUCUAAGUUUGACAAGAGCGGAGGCAGGAACAGAGCUAUUGAAUAUGACAACUUCAUCGAGUGCUGUUUGACUGUUAAGGGGCUGACUGAGAAGUUUAAGGAGAAGGAUACGGCCUUGUCAGGCUCAGCUACUUUCAACUACGAGGCCUUCAUGCUCACUGUUCUACCCUUUCUCGUCGCUUAAGUUUGUUGCCCCGUAUAUGGAGCUUUUGGAAUAAUUUCUUUGUAGUUUGAUAUUCUGGAGUUUUUAUCUUACCUUUCUCGCUUUUGUAAGAUUUGGUCCAUUUGGAUUAAUGCUUGUGGAAUAAAUUUGACCGUUUAAAUGGGGACUAGAAUCCCAUGUACCUAAUCAUUCCAAAGAGUAAA